UCAAGUUUUGAGAGCCCACUCCGGCAUGCUAAGAUCAAAACCCUAACCCUAAGUUCCUAACCCUCGCCAAAUAUAUAUGCAUCUUCAAAGCCGUAGCGAUAUCUUUACCCAAAGGUUCUCGCUUUCGCCUCAAUCGCCUGUUCUGUUCAGUUGUGAUUGAAUCUCAGUGCUGCUACAAUGUCUUCCAGUGAGCUUGCUUGUACCUACGCCUCCUUGAUUCUCCACGACGAUGGGAUCGCAAUCACUGCAGAGAAGAUUGCGACGUUGGUAAAAGCUGCAGGCGUCUCUGUUGAGUCUUACUGGCCUAGCCUUUUUGCAAAGCUUGCCGAGAAGAGGAACAUUGAAGACCUCAUUCUGAAUGCUGGUGCUGCGGGUGGUGGUGCUGCUGCUCCAGUAGCUUUGUCUGCUCCUGCUGGUGGUGCUGCCGCUGCUGCUGCUCCUGCAGUCGAAGAAAAGAAGGAAGAGCCAAAGGAAGAGAGCGAGGAUGACGACAUGGGAUUCAGCUUGUUUGAUUAGGUUGUUCUACCAAUUUGUUUUCUUCUAUUCUGCUAGGCAGGUUAAGACCUGAGUGGUGGCCUCGUUGAUUUUUUGCUCUGUUUUUAGUAGUUAUCCUUAGAGUGGUGCAAAUUGAAAUGACAAUUAAAUACGGUUAUGGAGUUCUGAUUCAAAUCUAGCGGGAGUUUUAUGAUUUUGUUAA